GCUCAUUGUGGAGCGAAAUCUACAGAGCUGGUACUCUCUCCUUCUUCGUCUCCCCCAAAUUAUCUCUUCUUUCGCCAUUUUUGUUUUAGCUUUUGCAAUUCUCCUUUCUCUCUGGUUUUCUCUCUUUCUUUCUCUGUGUGUUUUGGAUCUCUGUCUAAUGUUCUUCACUUUCUACGCUCAGAUCCUCUUCUUAGUCUUUCACAGAUUACGGUUAGCUUCAUCUUCACUUUUUGUUUUUGUGAGUUAAUUACAUGUUUAAUCUGAGGUAGGGAUUCAUUUGAUCUCUUGCUUUAUGAAUUUGUUUAAUUGUGUGGAGUCUCCAAUUUGUGAGCUUGGCCUUUCUGCUGAUAAUAUAAACUCGCGGUAAUGUCAGCUUGACCUUUUAGGUUAUGCGUAGAUGUACUUUGUUUGGGCUGAAAAUUUGUAAGCUUAAGGUUUCUGCAGAUUAUGUAAAUUUAGAAUUUGUUUGUGGUUUGAAUUUUGAUAUCGAUGGUUGAAUUCUACUUUCCUUCGCUGUUUUUGAGUAUGCAAUUAUGGAAUUUCUCUCUCUGGAACUAUUUUCAGGUAUUCCAUGCUCACAAUUGUAUCUGCUCUGAGCUCAUUGAGGCACUAUAUCUGACUAAUUUGGCACUAGGUCUCCCCCUGUUUGUCACAUUGCAAAAAACGGGUGUGCUUUGUGGAAAAAAGGACCACGUGGAGGUGGAGUACAAGUAUCAAAAAGUGGACAGCAAAAGGCUGCUUUUACCCUCCCGCAUGAAUAGUUCUCAGGAAUCUCAGCUUUUGGCAGAGAUUGGGUGUGUGGUCAUCUGAGAUGAGUCAUAUACCAGAUGAAAGCGAAGAUGGGGUGCUCUCCAAGGAUCAAAUGGAGUCACCCGAUGAAGGUAACUGUGACGGAAAUUCAAUUGGAGGAGUUUUUCUUAAGAAGGGUCCAUGGACAUCUACUGAAGAUGCGAUUUUGAUUGACUAUGUCAAGAAGCAUGGAGAAGGAAAUUGGAAUGCUGUUCAGAAGCAAUCGGGGUUGCUUCGCUGUGGGAAAAGCUGCCGAUUACGCUGGGCAAAUCACCUGAGGCCAAACUUGAAGAAAGGAGCAUUUACUCAAGAAGAAGAGCAGUUAAUCAUCGAACUCCAUGCAAAGAUGGGAAACAAAUGGGCACGCAUGGCUGCACAUUUGCCUGGUCGUACAGACAAUGAGAUAAAAAAUUACUGGAAUACCCGAAUUAAGAGGUGCCAACGUGCUGGCUUACCUCUUUAUCCUCCUGAAGUGUCUUUGCAAGCGUUGCAGGAGAGUCAAUUGGGCCCCUGCAUUAGUGGAAUUAAUAGUAGAGACAACUUGGAUCGUGAUCUCUUGCGAAGCAGCAAUUAUGAGAUACCUGAUGUCAUAUUUGACAGUUCAAGGGGGGCCAACCAAGGCAUCUUACCUUAUGUUCCUGAUCCUCCUGAUAUUACUGCAAGCAGCAUGCUGAUGGAAGGUGUUGGUUCUCAAUAUCGUAGCUUCACUUCCCCAAGGAUUCAUCACAACAAGCGUCUUCGAGAAUCAACAACCUUAUUCCCUGGAUACGAUGGCAACAUAGAAAAUGAGUUCCUCUCAUUUAACCAAUUUGAGAGUAAUAAUUGUGAUAAAACUGCUCAUUCGAUUGCGAUGCCUAUUCCACUUGACCCUGAUGCUGCCACUAAGAUCCUGAAGUCGCUUGGGGCAAACCAGGGUGGCCAUACCCCCUCAAAUAACAAUUUCUCUGCUUCUAAGCCCACUUCUGGUGCUGUGAAGUUGGAGCUCCCUUCACUCCAAUAUCCUGAAGCAGAUUUAAGUAGCUGGGGGACACUGUCCACACCACCUUUACUUGAGUCUGUUGAUAAAUCUAUCCAAUCUACCCCAACAGAUACAGUUGAUUCAGGCAGCCUCUCCCCACGUAAUAGUGGCCUGUUGGAUGCUUUACUCCACGAGUCAAAAGCUUUGAGCAGUGCAAAAAAUCAUCCAACUGACAAGAGUUCAGAUACAUCUACUGUUAUCCCUGGUGACUUUUCUGAGAGUUCUGUCUUGAAUAUUGGUGAGGCAGAAUGGGAAGACUAUAGUAACCCCCUUUCUCCUUUGGGUCAUUCUGCUACUUCCCUUCUAAGUGAGUGCAACAUUGGAAGUGCCAAUGGAAGUUCUUUGGAUGAACCCCCACCUGCUGACGCAUACAUUGGUAAGGCUCUCUUUCACUGGGACUUAAUUAUGGAUGGUAGUUCAUUAUUUACAAUUUUCUGCCACUGUUUAGAAAUACCAAUAUUUCUGUAUUACGAAAUUCAAAAAUCACUCUUUCAAAUUAUCAAAAUACGUAUAUAUGCAUGUUUUCUGUGUAAUCAGAAUUUGCUAAUCUUCUUUGUUUCACUGAUGACAUUAUAUUGAUGCAAAUUCAUUAGUUGCUCGAAAUAACUUUAUAAUGCGUUUGUGUAUCACAUGAUUUUGUUUUAUUGUUUUUCUUGGACUAAAUUUCUUUAAUUUACAUCCUCUCUAAUCAGGAUGAUUCAUGCAUUCUCCCAAGUUUUCACUGGUCUUGAAUUACGUGGGACUAUUUAAAUUGUGCUAUUAUGCAGGGUAUAAUGUGAAAUCAGAGCCAGUUAAUUGGGCUUGGACCCCAUACAUAGAAAGAGAGAGGGCUAAUAAUAUUACUCGGCCUGAUGGUUUACUUGCUUCGGAUUGGCUUGAGCAGAGUUCUGGUUAUGCCAAGGGCCAAGCU